AUGCAGACCUGGGAGUGGGAGCCAUCCUAUGUGCCGCCCGUCAAACUGGGCCUUCAUGUCGCCCAGCUCGUCAUCUCCUUUGUGAUCUGGUGUCUUGAGAUCGCAGUAUUCAGAGGGGAAGAUGCUCAGAUCGUGGGCCUCAAUGGCUGGACCUUCGGUGUGUGCUUCUUGUCUAUCCCAGCAUGGGUAUACCUCAUUAUGACCCCCCGAUUCGAUCGCACCCGACACCUGGCCAACGCCAACGCCAUGCUUGCCCUCGACGUUGCCUUUGUGAUCAUCUGGCUGUCUGCGUUCUCCACCCAAGCAUCGUACAACGCAAGGGAACUGUGCGGCAAGGCUUGCAACCUGAGUGCCGCCAUCGUGGGUCUUGGUGUUGUUGAGACCGUCUUUUGGAUCGCCACAGUCAUUGUCAGUGGCUUUACCUGGAACUACUUCAAGUUCCACGGAUCCCUGCCGGGCUACGACAACCGCAAGCUCGGCGGCGAGAGCAUCGACCCGGACAAGGCCGCCUUCUCCAUGGCUCCUCACGAUGACGACGCUUACGAGAGGGUGAACAUGGACGACCACGAGGCCAACGCUGGCGGGUACGGGGAUUACAACCAGAGCACCGUCAGCAGCAACAACAUCAACAACCACUACUCGAGCAACCCAUACAGCGCCGACGACUUCGACGACUCCAAUCACUACGGCUCCGUGCCUCCCAGGAACACGGCUGGCAUGUUUGACUCCAACACCGAGUACAACAACUCAGACUACAACUCUGGCCCCGUAACUGGGGCCGGUGUGCCACAGCCUUACGGUUCUCGACCUACCGCCUACGACGAACCCGCACAAUUCCCUGCAGGGAACUACGACCGAGUUGAG